CACUCUUGAGACACGUUCAACAUCCCAGAAAACACCACCAGUAACAUUAGGGCUUUCAUAUCUGAAACAAUUUCUGCCCGCAAUUUACGUAAACUGUGUUUGGAAACUAGAGUGGUAGACAGUGCUCUCUGUGGUAUGCCAUCACUGCCAAUUGAAGCUCUUGUGGAGGAACGUGUGGCACAGCUCGAAGUAAUUUCACAGCGCAGAAAUGAACUCCUUCGCGAAAUGUAUCGCAUGAUGAGGAGACGACAAAACGCAGGCUCCAUAUCCAUGUUCGACAAUGAGGACGAAGAUGGACUUCAGGAUUGGUUAGAUAAAUACGAUCUUGACAAAAAUCCCGAUUCGGGCAUGGUGUCAAAUAUUCUACCGAGCGAACUAUCUGCCACUUCAUCAUCUCCAAAUGCCGAUGAAUUCAAACUAAUAGACCUACCUGAUGUCAUCGAUGUAGAUUCUCCCAUGUCAGAGCCUCCUGCUUCACCUCGCUCCGAAUCAUCUUUAUUACUUCAAGUUCCAGAAUCCGAUGAUCCCUUGGCCACAUCGAUACCAGAAGGGUCACCCCCCCGCGCCACUCCGAUGUCAUACAAACGCCCAAUACCAGACGAUGAGCCAGAUGAACUGAAUCUCGUAGCCCUUUCGCAGUCGCCGUCUCAGCGAUCAGUCAGUCGUCGCAGUCAAUCCCUGACCCAUCGUACGUCUCGCUCCAAGUCUCGUACAUUCUCGCCACGUUCCCCUCAACCUGCAAAUGCCGCCCUCGAUGAGGUGAGUGAAGUCCAGGAAGUACUCAUCGACUUGGAGGAAAGGAUGGACAUAUCCAUGGAGGAAGCCAGAGAACCUUCACCUGAUCUCGUCCUUCCAUCGUCUUCUCCUGUUCAAAAAAUUACCCCACGCACCAUAGUCCAUACCACUGUGGACGUCUCAUCUAUUCAGCCUUCCCUCCUCAUUCCCACCCCCACGUCUCCGGUGACUGAUCCGGCGUUCAGCUUCGAUGAGGCGGAGAGCGAGGCGCCUGAGGAGACACCGUCUGCUGCCUCAACACCUGUAGAGGCGCCACGACUUCAAAAUCAACAACAACAACAACAUCAUCAUCAUCAUCAUUUCAAUCCCGCCUACAGUCUACCUCCGAUCAAAUCAUUGCCUCCUGAAUAUUCUCGCAAGGGUAAGUCUGCCAAACAGAAAAAGCGAGACAAGGAACGGGACAAAGCAGACGGAAAAAUCAAGGAUGAAUGGAUACCCAUGGGCCUGACCAAGUGGGGUGCGACCAUCCGUGCAAACCCUGUCUGGAAGAAGGUCUCUCGUGCCACCAAGUGCUUAAGCACGCGUGAUUGGGGUGUCGCCAUUGCCGAGGCGAGGCUCACGCGCACCCUCGAACGCGUCGAAAGCCUCGAGAAUGUUGCAAAGUGGAGUUAUAGGCAACCCAAAAGGCAAAAGAACCUUGGAGGUAUGACCAAGACCCACUGGGAUUAUCUUAUGGACGAAAUGAAAUGGAUGCGUGUUGACUUUCGGGAAGAGCGACGCUGGAAAUACGUUCUCGCAUUUAAUCUGUCGACUGCUGUACUGGAGUGGCAUGAUGCGGGAAGUCGCCAGGAGAGGGUUAGGCUUGGCAUAUGUGUUUUAUGGAAGCGACCCAGGUCUUCUCAAAAUUCUUCUGCGGAAGAUGUAGACAUGGACUCGCGGCCUGCAGAGCACAAUGGGUAUACCCCUAUGGCAGACGAGUCUGAUGGCGAUGAAGAGGAGGGAGAGGCGGAGCAAAGAGAUAUCGCAGACGCUCUAGAGUCGCGCAACGCUUUAGAAGAAGCACUGGAUGGUACAGGAUCUAACGAGUCCACAGACAGUAGUCAGCACCAGACUCCAGGCCCUGACCAUGUUCAACCCAAAGAGAACCAGGCCAAGGUCGAAAGCGAUGAUCAGACUGGUCUCAAGGCGCAUUCAACAGACCCCAAUCUUGCCUCGCAGCAAAACACGCAGCAAGAUGCUGCUCCUAUGGGAUCAUCAUCCAAAGCGUUCAAGGCGAGUCUGUAUGCACCGCUCAGAGAACAGAUAGCAUACUCGGACGAGCGAAAGCUUUUCCUCGACGGGGACGACCUUAUCCUCACCAAAGCACUAUCUGAUCUGACCACAGACGACUCUGGUAUUGAGCCAUCGCUGCCCAUCGCUGAUCUGUCGGACAUUUUCCCCGAUCUUCAACCGCUUGGCAUGCCAGAUGUUGUUUCUGGCUCGAACGAUGGGAAGAAGAAGGAGAAGAAGUCCGGAGAGGACAAUAGGCGUGUUGAGGAUGCCGGGUUCACGAAGAUGGCACCGUUGGGUCGCUUUAUGCACUCCAAACCGACGCUCCUUGGGCCUUUGCAACCUGCUAAGCAUUGGGUGAACGGGGAGUGGAUGUUCGCUGAAGAAGCAGCAGUGACUGUGGAAUUCGAUGGCGCAAUUGGGAAGACUGUAGAUGACACUGCCUCAGACCUUUUUGAGGGCAGUAGACCAUCCGCAGUCAGUCCCGUUGGACUGCCAUCGAAAGACGGCAAGAAGCGUUCGGAUCAUCUUUGGAGCUCAGAUGAAGACUCCCUUCUCAAAACCCUCGUGGAGAGAUAUCCCAAUAACUGGUUGCUGGUUGCGGAUUCAUACAACUCUUCACGCGUUACUAUUUCUACCGAUAAACGAACUCCGUGGGAAUGCUUCGAGCGUUGGAGCAGUCGCUUCGGUAGCGGACACAGGGUCCAUCCUGAUGUCAAUUCCCCUGUUAACACAGAGCGCACUCCGCCGCCAGCAUCGACGUCAGCUCAAGGACAGAUGACCACGAGAGGUGUUAAGCGAUUGGCUAGUAUGUCAGUUACGCAGAACCAAAGUCCUGGAGCCGGCUUGACAUCCGACACCAAAAAACGGCGGAGACAUACAUUUAUGUAUGAGACAAUGCGCAAAGCCACGAAGAAGCGCGAAGCAGCACAAAAAGCGUCCAUGAAUCAGCGAAAGGCAUCCAAUGUUCAUGAUACACAUGGGCAGUAUCAGAAGAUGCCUAAACUGACACCAGCUGAACUGAGUCGUAUGAAGUAUGAGAAAGAGUCGAGGGAGCAACAAGAACUACUCCUUGUGCGACGUCGUCAUGAGGAACUCACUCGUCAGGCAAUGAUGCAGCGCGACCCGAGGCUGCAAGCCGCCGCAGCCGCAGCUGGUCAACCCCAGCAGGCGGCGGCAGCCGCAGCCGCAGCCGCAGCCCAGCAACAGCAACAGCAACCAAAUGGGACACCGAGACCAGCAGCCCAGCCCGCACAAGCUGUCCCACAAAUACGGACUCAACCCGUGGCGCAGGUCAAUAUUUCACAGCAGCAGAGAAUACCAACACCAAUGGCAUCGGCGGCCGUUGCGGGGGCUCGUAUAUCUCCUCAGCACUUGUUGCAAGCUCAAGCUCAAGCCGCCCAAGCUCGUGCCAUCGCAGCCGCACAGGCACAAGCUCAAGCUCAAUCCCAAGCUCAAUCGCCAGUACAAGCUAGCCCUGUUCCUGCCAUUAAUGGACUUCCUGCUGGUGCCCACUUGUCACCUCCAUAUCAGUCGCGGGCUGCAACAUCAUCGCCUGGCGUAGCACCGCAAGCAACUCCCCCGCGUAACAUAGGCACGCCAUCCAACGCUGCUUCUCCCCGACCACCCUCCGCGCAACCGCAACCAUCCAUGCAGCCUCCUCAGAUGCCUGGAAACACUGUUCCACGGCAGGCUCAUUAUUUCCCGGUGGUUCCUACGCUUCCCGGUGGUCAAUUCACACAGGAGCAAAUGGACCAGGCCCUUCGGUUGAUGCAGCAUCGGACCAGCAUGCAGAAUAGCCAGUAUCCCUCGCAGACCUAAUAUUGCUCAGCACAUGUGUUUGGGAUUGGCCAUUUGUCUCUGGUAGAUCAAAUCUUCCUGUAAACUUCAACCUUGUCACUGUGUGAUAUAACUUGACACGAUGCUUUGUGCCACAAGUCAGAUAAAAUAUUAGUACCUCAGAGCUUGCGAUGACAGGCCGAGGCAUAAAUUACCGUAUGCGCGAUGCAUCAUAACAAAUUCAUCAGGAUUUCAAAGUUUCCGUAUCAAAAUUAUGCUUGUGGUCAUGAUAAAAAUGGCGAAUUCGAACAAGCGAAAGUAUCAGUUAAUCUAACAAGCUCAAAUUCGAGAGAAAGUUGAUGAUACC